GUUAACCCUCAAAAAAAGUUCCAAAAUCAAAACCCAGAAAAUUUCAAACCCUAACCGUCCAAUUCCCCAAUCCCCUCGGUCCCUAGUCAGAACAACGCGGCCUAAUCCAGUCAAGUCGCAGCCCAUAUAAAUUAACCCCAAACUUACUCCAGGGAUGAUCCUUAGCUUUGAUUUGCCCCGUUUUCGUUCUGAAUCUCUCUGGCUCCGCUAACCCCUCAAUCGCGAACCCUAAAAUUAGCGGGAGCGAAGGGCCGUGGCCCUACAGAGAAUCCAAAUCCCCCGACUCCGCGCCUCUCUAGCUCAAUCCUUAUCCAUUCCUCUCCCAAACCCCCUUGUCCUCUUCCUAUUGAUUCUCUUCUCUUAUCACCACCACUUAGCUCUCUCUUAUCCUUUCAUUCCCUCGAGCUUCGGACCCUGAGGGAAUCCAAUCUUUGAGGGGCUUUGGUUUAUACCCAAAAUUAUCAUCUGGGUUUUGUUCCAUGGCGUUGAUUAUGGAUGCCCUGAUUGAGAUUUUGAAGAAACCCACUAUUGGGGAUAUUGUAUCGGAGCUUGCGAUGUUUGCUGCCCCUUUGUGGAUUGCUGUGUUUGUUGGUCUGGUGGUGGGCUGGAGUUGGAGGCCGAGAUGGGCUGCGGAUUUGGUCGAUGUGCAGAGGGGGAAUUCUAAUAGUGGAAGCAGUUUGUUGAGGUUGGAUAAUUUCAAGGGUCUUGCUAGUUCGAGCUGUGAGAGGGAGGAGAAGGUUGUGGAGAUCAGCGCGCAGGUUGUUGAGAAAGAGGAACGGGCAGUGACUAGUGAGGACUUGAAGCAUUUGUUUCAGCUUGUGGAGGUUACAGAUGGAGGUCCUGCUUGGCAACAGAUGAUGAAUAAGACUAUGCCGGGGUUUGCCUAUCGAGCUUGGAAGAGAGAGCCUGAGACUGGUCCUCCACAAUAUCGAAGUAGUACGAUAUUUGAGGAUGCGACGCCAGAAAUGGUGAGGGAUUUCUUUUGGGAUGAUGAGUUUAGAACCAGCAACAGAUGGGAUGAUAUGCUCCUCCAGCACACAAUGCUUGAAGAGUGUGGGAAGACUGGGACGAUGGUAGUUCGUUGGGUGAGAAAGUUCCCCUUCUUCUGCAGUGAUAGGGAGUAUGUUAUUGGUCGCCGGAUAUGGAAUGCAGGCGGGACUUAUUACUGUGUAACUAAGGGAGUACCUCGCCCCAUGAUACCUAGACACAGCAAACCCAGGCGUGUAGAUUUGUACUAUUCAAGCUGGUGUAUUCGUGCAGUUGAGUCAAGAAGAGGGGAUGGCCAGAUGACAGCCUGUGAGGUGCUUCUCUUCCAUCACGAAGACAUGGGCAUCCCGUGGGAAAUAGCGAAACUAGGAGUAAGACAAGGAAUGUGGGGUUGUGUUCGAAAAAUUGAGCCGGGCCUUCGUGAUUACCAAAGUGCCCGAAGCCAAGGCCAGCCACAAUCAAAGUACGCAUCCAUGGCAAAUAUCAAUACCAAAGUGCAUACCGAUUACCUAAAAUCAUUAGAGGGAAGCAGUAAAGAAUCGUCAGAAGAGAUUGUAGAAGUCGAGAAGAAGAAAACCUGUGGAAAUAAUCUCCCUAAAUUCCUUAUAGUUGGAGGUGCAGUCAUUGCUGCUUGUAGUAUUGAUCGAGGGUUGUUGACGAAGGCAGUCAUAUUUGGAGUUGCAAGAAGGUUCGGCAAGCUAGGGAGGUGAUGAUUCUGAUCAAGAAAGCAAAGAGAGUUAUAUAUACUUAGCGAGGAUUCAUUGAGCUACCCUUCUUGUCUGAGAGGAUCACAGGGAGUAGUUUUGUUAUUGUUUCAUCAUAAAUCAUAAAGGAAGAUAUGCGGCAAAGAGAUUUGAUUGUAUGUAUCAUGUUUGAUCUCAGUUCGAAAAUCUUUUGCCUUUUCUCUAAUAUAUACAUUUGACUUUGAUAUC